UCAAUGGCCAGUUCCAAAGACAGACAUUUGUGUACAUAUUACAAUCGUGCAAUCAGGGAAGUUCCACUGUCAUUCUUCUCCUGGAACAUGUUUUACAGACACUGCAGACUGACAAUCCUGAGAUCCAGUACGCAUACUUUCAACAAGACAAUGCCGGAUGCUAUCACAGUGCAACGACUAUCGUCGCUAUACCUGCCAUCCAGUUGUCAUCUGGUGUUUCUGUCCUCGUAGUAGAGUUUUCAGACCCCCAGGGAGGCAAGGGUCCAGCCAACCACAUGUUAGCAACCUGUAAGAACCACAUCGGCCGGUAUAUCAACCAGGGUCAUGAUGUAACAACCGUGGAACAGAUGAAAGAAGAGAUUCUCUCUCAUGGUGGAGUUGAAGGUGUAGUAGUGGUAGAUGUUGCCAUUCAGGAAAUGCCCGAAAAGAGAAAAAUCACUGGUAUCAAGCUCAAUAACUUUGGGUACAGAGAAGGCAUGUUGGGCAGACGAGCAUACAGAAUCGGUACAGGUUCCUUGAUCACCAUAUCAGGAGAAAAUGCAGGUGAGUCAACACUAAAAGCCUUGUGGCUAAACUGAUGGUACUCAAGAGGCUGUCGUCACUCAGACACAUUCAGAGUGUAUAAAAAGCGAAAAGAGGAUUCAGGAUAAGUUGCGGGA